UCCUUCCUUAUCCUAAUCCUCUCUUUUGCUCCAAUCAGAGAAAAGAAGGAGAAAUGGCCUCUUCAACACUCUCAACCAUUUCUCUCCGUUUCCCUUCUUAUCCUCCACCCACUUCCUCUAAUCCUACGCAUCCUCUCCUUUUCAAAACCUCAUCUCUCCAAUACCCUCUCCGUUCCCCCGCCCUCGUCCACCGCAGCACCGCCCUCCGUCCUCUCAAUGCCGCUGCAGCGCCCGAGAAAAUCGAAAAACUCGGCACCGAAAUAUCCAGCUUAACCCUAGAUGAAGCCCGGACCCUAGUCGACUACCUCCAGGAGAAACUCGGUGUAUCCGCCGCUGCUUUCGCACCUGCGGCCGCGCCAGUUGACGCACCCGGUGGUGCGGACGCCGGAGCCGCUGUCGUGGAAGAGAAGACGGAGUUCGAUGUGGUGAUCGAGGAGGUUCCUAGCAAUGUCAGGAUUGCUGUGAUUAAAGCCGUUAGGGGUCUGACGAGUUUGGCUUUGAAAGAAGCGAAAGAGUUGAUUGAAGGCUUGCCGAAGAAAUUCAAGGAAGGGGUUUCGAAAGAGGAGGCGGAUGAUGCCAAGAAGCAACUCGAAGAAGCUGGAGCUAAAGUUUCUAUUGCUUAGAACAGCCUUUUGAAUGUUUGCUUGUUUGUUUUUAAUGAUUAAUUUCCAGUACAGUAGAAAAUAAACUUAAAUUGUUAGACUAUUGAACUUUGAAUAUCUAUUUUUUCCUGA